AUGCUGUCACCCACACCCCACAAUCAACGAGAUGACAUUCUAGAAGUCUCCAUACUCGACACGAUAAACAUCCCCAACAGAAAAGAUGGAAGCCCGAGACAACCCUUCUUCUCGGCGCUCAUCCCUGCCACCGAACAGCGAUGGCAGCAACAACAGACCUUCUCCACUCCCUCCUCUCCGCAGACGUUCUUCUUCAGCGUGGCCGACCGACAGGAGCAUGCGGUCAAAAUCUCCCUGUGGGACCGAAAGGAGGACGGCACCACCGAUGAACACCAGAAGCUCCUCGGCGAGUGCACACUGCCGCUGUUCUACGUCGGGUGGCAGUGGGUCGACGCCAAGCUCAAGGUCAAGGCCGCCGACGGCGCCCAGCCGAGCAAGUACGCCGCCAGCUACCUGCGCACGCGAAUGCGCUUCACCCGCGACUCCCGCAGCGGCGGCAAGAGCGGAGAUAUACCGACGGCCGAGGAGUGGGAGCCGCGCAAGGAGGAGGUGGGGACGCCCAAGUCGACGGCCGACCGCAAGAAGUUCUGGCGCCACACGCGCGACCUCGGCAAACGUGAUCGAAAGCACAACGAGUUCCUGAUGAGCCAGGACAUACGCGCGGUGGGCGGACCCGAGUACGCGGAGAACAUGGACAAGACGUCGGUGCGGCAGGAGAUGCUCCUCAGCCAGCCCGUGCGCACCAUUUCGAUCAACGCGAGCGACAGCAGCGACGACAGCGACAGCGACUCCCCUCCACCUGCCAAGCACGGAAACGGCAUAGGGCGACGGCUGAGCCGAGACAUCACGAAGCUGAGGCAGCUGCUGACGUCGACGGACACGAGCCACACCACGCAGCAGCCCCUCACCCAGGCCCGGUCGCUCAGCCCCAAAGGCUCCAGCGCCGGCGGCAAGAAGUUCUGGACGACCGGCCGGCAGAGCCAGGUGUCGCUCGAGGUGAGCAAGUCGGUCGAUGUGCUCCCUAGCGUGCAGUCGAUCGAUUGGAGCAAUGGCGGCGGCGCGCAGGCGCGCACCUUCUCCGACGGCGACAUGGCCAGCCUCUCGCCCAGGAAAACGAAAACGAAGAGCGAGAAGAAGAAAGAGAAGAAAGAGAAGAAGAACAAGGAGAAGGAGGAGAAAGAGAAAGCGAACGGCGAUGGUGUGGUGAAGCGGGUGAAGGCGGUGAAGAAGAAACAGCAUCAGAAGAACAACAAGGACAAGAGCUCGAGCGGCAGCUUCGUCAAGUCGAAGCUCGGCAAGAAGCUCAAGAAGAAGCACGACGACGACGACGACGACAACGACAACAGCAAAGAAGAGGAGGGCUGGGAGCGGGACAGCAGCAGCGACGACGCCGCCACCGAACAGCAGAGUCACCACAAGCACAGCGACGACGGCAAGAAGAAGAAGAAGCACAAGCACAAGCGGGACAAAAGCGGAGGAGCCGAGGGCUUGGAGAGCGGCGUGGUGGUGGUCGUCACGGAGGUCGAGGAGGAGAGUGAGAAGAAGAAGAAGAGCGCCGGGACCAGCAGCGGCAGCGGCGACGAGGCCGUCACCGUCUCGAGCUCCAGCGGCGAUGCGCCACCGGUGGAGGAGAAGCAGCUGAAGCUGGCAAAGAAGGACAAGCGGAAGAGCAAGAGCGGGAGCUCGGCGUCGGCCGUGCACACGUCGACGACGGACAAGCCCGCCGCCGAAAAGAAGACCAAGUCGCCAACCAAGAAGUCGCCCUGA